AGAUACACUUGAAUUCGCUGUUGUUGAAAGGAACGCUCAAACAGUCAUUAAACCGUGGUGAAUUUGGAAGCAGACUCGCUUAUUGGACUUACAUUUGUCGCAGAUCGCCAUCAUUCUUUUUUUUUACUACAAUAUCGUGUAAUUCUGAACGCCGUAGAGAUGAAGGCCAUCAGUCCUAUUCGGUCUGUGCGGAGCUGUUACGAGGCUGUCUGUUGCAUCUCGGAGCAAAGUCUGACCAUCUCCAGGAGUAAAACGCCCACGGAGGACCCUGUGGCUCCCUUGUGUGAUAUGAAUGACUGCUAUUCCAAGCUGAAGGAGCUGGUACCGAGUAUACCACAGAACAAGUCCGUCAGUCAAGUGGAGAUUUUGCAGCACGUCAUUGACUACAUCUUUGACCUACAGAUCGCUCUUCAAGAGGAGAGUUCAGCGAAAGAUGCUCCCGACAUGAUCCUUUCAUUGAAGUCGUCAGAAAUCGCCUGCAAAUUUUCCAAAGAAGAUGGGGGAGUGUGCCACUAGAGGAGGCGUCUGGCAUCGCAUUCUUAACGUGUGACUGGCUGUGCCUCUAUUUUGGUCUCGAGGGCCGACUACGGCGGGGAGCUGUGUAGAAAAACAGAAUGGCGGAUGGAAGUUUCUCCCUGUCGUCACCUCUUUGCUCACUAACUGGACCCCAGAGGACACCAAAGCGCAGUGCAUUAAUGUUACCGGGGAUCCUUUGACUGAUUGUAGCCCAUAACAAUCAGACACGAGCUCGUCUCGUUACAUUCCAAUCAAAUAUGACAGGACUUGCUGUUUUGCUUUCUACUUUCAGAACAAACAAAAACUUCAUCUCCCUGAACCUCUUUGUUAAUGAAGGUAGCAUAUGGUCCUGUGUACAUUUGUUAUUAGCUGGCAAUGGGUUUGGGAGGGAUUCUUUCUGUUUCUGGGAGGGCUCAAGGAAAUGAUUUAAACUCAACAUUACAGAGUUAUUUGUAAGUGUUUGUAGGGAUGGUUCUUUCUACAGACUGUCAAAUCGCUGAGUUUUAUAAACUUUUUAUAAAAGUG